AUGGAUGAGAGGCCGGAGACGGAGCUGAUAUGUUCGAUACCAGCAACGCCGAGGGCUUCGACGCCGGAGACACAGACGCCGUCCGGGCAGAGGUCUCCUAGGCCUGCUUCCAAGGCAUCGACGGGCUGGACGCCGACGUCGUUGUUGAGCCCCAUUGGGACUCCUAUGAAGAGGGUCCUCGUAAACAUGAAGGCCUACCUUGAGGAAGUUGGCCACCUGACGAAGCUGAAUCCUCAGGACGCUUGGCUUCCCAUCACGGAGUCCCGCAACGGCAAUGCCCACUACUCUGCUUUCCACAAUCUCAAUGCUGGUGUUGGCUUCCAGGCCUUGGUUUUGCCCGUCGCCUUCUCUUUCCUCGGCUGGAGUUGGGGAAUACUUUCCUUAACAAUAGCCUACAUCUGGCAACUUUACACCCUGUGGAUUCUAGUUCAGCUACAUGAAGCAGUUCCUGGGAAGAGGUACAACAGAUAUGUGGAGCUUGCACAAGCUGCAUUUGGGGAACGAUUAGGCGUCUGGCUUGCUCUCUUCCCGACAGUUUACUUGUCAGCGGGGACUGCAACUGCUUUGAUUCUUAUAGGAGGGGAGACCAUGAAACUGUUCUUCCAGAUAGUUUGUGGACCGCUAUGUUCAUCAAAUCCUCUAACAACAGUGGAGUGGUAUCUAGUGUUCACUUUCCUCUGCAUUGUAUUGUCUCAGCUCCCAAACCUCAACUCAAUUGCAGGACUCUCGCUCAUAGGGGCAAUUACAGCCAUAACUUACUCUACUAUGGUAUGGGUACUCUCAGUGAGCCAACAAAGGCCACCCUCAAUCUCAUACCACCCCCUUUCAUUACCAUCCUUUUCGGCCUCUGUCUUUUCAGUCAUGAAUGCACUUGGAAUUGUUGCCUUUGCAUUCAGGGGACACAAUCUAGCCCUGGAGAUUCAGGCAACAAUGCCAUCAACAUUCAAACACCCAGCUCACGUGCCCAUGUGGAGAGGAGCCAAAGUUGCCUAUUUCUUUAUUGCCAUGUGCUUAUUCCCUGUUGCGAUUGGAGGCUUUUGGGCCUAUGGAAAUCUUAUGCCCUCGGGAGGGAUUCUCAAUGCUUUGUUUGCAUUUCACAAUCAUGACAUUCCAAGAGGGCUUCUUGCUAUGACAUUCCUCCUUGUUGUGUUCAACUGUCUGAGUAGUUUCCAAAUAUAUUCAAUGCCUGUUUUCGACAGUUUUGAAGCGGGUUACACAAGCCGUACCAACCGCCCUUGUUCAAUUUGGGUCAGGUCCGGGUUCCGAGUGUUUUAUGGGUUCAUCUCCUUCUUCAUAGGGGUGGCACUUCCUUUCCUCUCCAGUCUUGCAGGUUUGUUAGGAGGGCUCACUCUUCCGGUCACAUUUGCUUAUCCUUGUUUCAUGUGGGUUCUCAUAAAAAAGCCCACAAAAUUCAGCUUCAACUGGUAUCUUAAUUGGAUCCUUGGUUGGUUGGGUAUUGCUUUCAGCUUGGCCUUUACAAUUGGAGGUAUUUGGAGUAUGGUGAACAAUGGCCUUACCCUCAAAUUCUUUAAACCCAACUGACAUUUUUAAAGUUUAGGGUGUAUGUGGAGGACUUCUUCAAUGCCGAAACAAUUUAAUUGUUUUUAUUAUGUUGGCAAUUUUCAUAUUAUUUUGUGUUAUUAUCUUCUUGUGUACGUCUGAUCAUCAUCAGACCCUACAGUGGCAAGAGUAUCAUGCCCUGAAAUUGCCUUUUUUGUCUUUCCAAUUUUAAUAGCAUUGCAACUUUUGAACCACCACAGGAGUCAUUUCAACAGAGAUUAGAGAAGAAUGUUGUAAUGAGACAUCAUUUCCAUUCAAAAUUCAAAUGUUAAACCUUCCAUGUUGAAGUUAUGGAUCCAACAUUGUUGAAAUUUAUAUUGGGAAAA